ACAUGACAUCUGCUCCUCACUCAGGAAUGUCAUUGAGCAGGUUGAGGUAUUCUGGCACUGUGUUUCUGUGAGCGUGUCUCUUACGAACUGCGAGAAGGAAAUGUGUGUUUAUGUACACGAGCUAUGAAACCUAAAGGUGUCAGCUGAGGUGCACGGAGCAGAGAGGGGGGGGGGGGGUGUACAGCAUGGAGGAGGAGAAAGAAAUGCACUUCAACCACACUACUCCCCACAUUUCACCCCUAAAACCUAAACCUGGAUUUGCUGCUUACUAUGCAUUCAUCCCUGUUGCACUACUCAUACUACUGGGAUGUGUAGUUGCAUUGGUGUAUAUGAGGAAGAAAUGGAGAUCAGAUGAGCUCCGUCACAGACUGAUUCCUCUGUACAGCUAUGACCCCUCUGAAGACUGGAGGGACAGCAGCAGGGAGGCUGAGGAGGAGGAGCUGGUUGAACCUCUGUACAAAGAGGGGAAGCUCGCUUUUUCACCCGGUUAUGGAACAAAGCGAUAAUCUUUCUGCAAAUACAUAUGAAACUGUAAAUGAUCCAGUAUAAAAAAAAUAUAAGUAAUAAGAACAUUAUAUAUAUGAAAAAAGAAAUCAUAGAGUUAAUGCCAAAACAGCAAAUCAUUAAAUUGCUAUUUCUUCCUUCCUGACAUGUUUGUGCAGCAAACCAGACAGUAGAUGGCACUGUGAUCCUGCCUCAUUUGAGAAAUGUGAAUUACUGACAGACUGUACAAAGUGUUUUAAAGGAUAAGGCAUAAGGCAAUAAACUGAGAACUAAA